AUGGAUCACGAUCUCGUUCCAAGGAUUCAGCUAGCUCUGAUACCACUUGUCAGGCCUCUGGAUCCAUUGUCAUCCUCAGAUCUUGAAUUGAUUCUGAAUCUGGUUUACGCUGUGGAAGAGUUUGAGAAGCACUAUAUUGAGUGGGAUGACUUGACAGUGGCUGAUGAGAGUGAUCAAGGGUUAGACUUGGAUCAAAGAAAACCUAGCAAAGUUAUUGUGGUUGAUAAAAAUGGCGGAGGAGAUUCAGUUACAGUUCAGGGUGCUGUUGAUCUUGUUCCCGAACACAAUCAGUUGAGACAUAAAAUUUACAUUCUUCCAGGAAUAUACAGAGAAAAGGUGCGUGUGCCAAAAUCCAAACCGUACGUUUCUUUCAUUGGAGAGGAAGGUCGAGCACCUGAAACCGUUAUUACUUGGCACGACAAAGCAUCUGAUAAAGACGCAGAUGGUAAUGAAAUAGGGACCUUUGGAACGGCUUCCGUUACUGUGGAAUCCGAUUACUUUGGUGCAAGAGAGGUCACAUUCGAGAAUUCGGUGGUCGCAAUUCCUGGAACCAACAAUAUGCAAGCUGUGGCAUUGAGAUUAAAAGGUGAUAAAGCGUGGCUGUAUAGAGUUAGGAUUUUAGGGACACAGGAUACGCUGCUGGAUGAAUCUGGGUUACAUUUCUAUGAAGAGUGUUUCAUUCAAGGCUCCGUAGACUUCAUAUUUGGCAAUGCCAAGUCCCUUUAUCGGGACUGUAUCCUUCACUCUGUAGCAAACGGAUCCGGAGCAAUAGCAGCAAAUCAUAGAGACACACCUAAUCAGGAUUCUGGGUUCUCUUUUGUCCACUGUCAAAUCAAAGGGACUGGCAGAAUCCUCCUGGGCAGAGCCUGGGGAAAUUACUCCAAAGUAGCCUACUCUUUCUGCGAUUUUGAUGACAUAAUCGCUCCUGAAGGGUGGAGUGAUUGGAACAGCACAGCCAAGGAAAGGACCGUGGAAUUUGGAGAAUUCCGUUGCAGAGGCAAGGGGGCCGGCAGGAGAAAUCGGGUGGCGUGGUCUAAAUCUUUCAGUUUCUAUGAAGCGCUGCCCUUCUUAACCACCCAAUUCAUCCAUGCUUAUCAAUGGCUGCUACGGCGAUGA